AGGAGUAAAAAUGACAUGUUCACUGUGUCAUCAAGUAGGCCACAACAAAAAAUCUUGUCCAAUAUUGGUAAGUUAUUAUUCUCUUCUAAUACAUUUACAAUAAGUUUCAAUUAUUUACAAUAAUCAAUUAUUAUUACUGUAUUAAUAGGCUGAAAUGGGACAAACUGGAGGCUACCCAAAUAGAAAACCAAGCUCAAGCCAACCAUCACUGUCUAGCCAACCAUAAAGCUCAAGCCAGCCACCACUUUUUAGCCAACCAUCAAGCUCAAGUCAGCCACCACUUUUUAGUAGACCAUCAAGCUCAAGUCAGUCACCAAUAUUCAAUCAUCAAGGCAGUUCUAUGUGUUUUGAUUCUCCAGCUGUUAGAACAGAGCAACAACCUGCUAAAAGCAGAGGCACAUGCAGAGGUAGAGGCACUGGGAGAGGUACUGACAGAGGAACUGGUAGAGGCACUGGGAGAGGUACUGGCACUGCCAGUGAAAUUGGAAGAGGCAGUGUUUUCAACAUUGGAGGUGUAUCAAGUCAGCAACCUGAUCAACCAAGGGCUGUGGAAGCUUCAAUAUCAACAGGAAGACAAAAAAGGACCAAGACUAUAGGAUUUGGCAUCUAUACAAAUGCAAGUGGUAGUCAAACCUUUAAUCCUGGUACUUCAGGAGAAAAAGUUAUCAAUUCGAGAGUUUAUAAGGAUGCAUCUCCAACAAAUAUUGAUAUUGGUUAUAAGCCUCGAGGACUCAAGUGGAAUGGUGGAGAUGCUGUCACUGGUUCACAGUUGCAAUAUAUCACUCAGUCAAGGAAAAACAAGCGUGGAACAUCUAGUGCACCAAAGAAUGCCUAAUUUAUGUAUUUAUGUAGACUAGUCACUUUUUGGUUGUGUAAUUAGCAGCAGAAAUUUGUAUUGACUGCUUUAAAACUUGGAGCUCACUAGAGCAAAUUAAUGGCAUGAAUGAUCAAUUUAACUGCUUUUGAGACACAAAUUAUCUUCAUUCCUUCAAUUAGAUCAUUACAAUAAAAACACAAGGCAUUUACAGUAGAAAAAAUGAUCUAAAUUGUCCAUAAAGAACACUAGAAUCUACCAUACAUACUUUUAUGAAGGAAUCUAAUAGAAGACAAAUGAAUCAACUAAGAUUAUUUUUUACACAAAUCCAAGUAGCCAAUAUCACCCCUACGAUGAUGCAUAUUAUCCAUACUUUUCUUGAUCGAUUCCUCUCCAAUUCAUAUGUUUUGACUCUUUUCAACAAACCCCAUAUCACCCUCCUAGCUUGAGCAGGCAUUUCAUCAUCAUACCAUCAAAAAUAUCCACAUCCACCUCGUGCCUACAAAAUUAAAGAAAAAAAUUGAAUUAUAAAUAAGGUGAUUCUUUACUAUAUUGGACAAAAAAAUGAAUUUGAUUUACCUUUGAAGUUUUGCAACAAAGGAACCUACGUCCAGGAUUGGAUUGCGUCCAUGAGGUCUUCAUUUCCACAACAAUCCCACAUUGACAUAGUACUUUCGCAGUUGAAGAAGAAGAAAUCGAUGAAGAAGAUAAAUUCGACAUUGGAACUUAAUGAUUAAGAAGAAAUCAAUGAAAAAGAGAUAUAAGAGGAGAAAUAAUGAUGAAGAGAAACAAAAGAGGAGAAAUAAGGGAUGAAGAGAAACAAAAGAGGAGAAAUAAUGGAAGAAUGAGAGAAAUUAGGGUUAAAAGGGGGAAGAAGAUUGUUGGUGGGUGGUUGAAGAUCCACAUCAGCACUUUUAAAGCGUCUGCACGCGCUUACAGGACGUGAGAUCACGUUUGGCUCCACAUCAGCCAAAAAUAUUUAAAAGGAUCAAAUUAUUGGGGUUAAAGGAUUUAAUAGGAAUCUUGGUUAGUUGAGGUACCUGGGAGAAAAGCGCGAACAACUUUAGGGACCUGCGUAUGUAUUUGGCCUAAAUUGUAAAAUAGUGAAAUAUAUAUAUUGCUUGGACACUUUAUGAACUCCAAAAUUUUUGGAGUAUCUAAGACAUAGUUAUUGAUAUUUUUGAAGAGUUUCAGUUUGUCUAGACAUGUGUGGCCCAAAGAUAGCUUCUACUUGGACAUAUGUCCUUUAGAAAGUAUAUGGCUGCACAUACAGAAUAAGACUAUAAGAAAUUGUCUGAACAUGUCUUUCAAAAUAGGAAAAGUGAAUCUUUUGAAGCAACUCUAGAAAAAGUAAUAUCUUACACAUUCAUACCUAUUUUUUGAUGACUACCUAGAUUCUAUUAAAAAGACUCACGAUUUUUGUCUAUGACUUGGAGAAGAGUAGCUUUGACUAGUAAUCUUUAGGUUACACAGUUUCACCUUGCACGUUGUUAGGAUUGAAAAUAAGCAGGUGUGAACGCGGAAGCUAGCAAUGCAAACCUCGAAAGACCACGAGUAAGAAUACAACGACAAAUAUACCAAAAGACUCAAACAUUUAACGUGGUUCAGUCAAUCAACCUACAUCCACAAAGGAGAUGAACAAUCCACUUUAAAUAUGAGAGUACAAAAUACAGAGGAAAACAACCUCAACCAA